UGCAAGUCCAGCCAACCCCCACGUUGUGUCUUUCUGCAUGUGUUGUUGAAGCGUCCAGUAUAACUCACUUAAAUCGUACUCAACUGCAACCAGGUCUCCCCAACCCAUCCACAUACUGAGAUACACAUACUCCCGUAUAGCAUUGCCUCCUCCACCAAGUCGACUGGUCCUUUGAGCAUGGUGGGCGGAGUACCUGUGACAGGUCAUAGCAGUCUCGUGUAUUAGCUUCUUGGCGGCCUGCCGUUGCUUUCUCGACAGUACAUGUUGUAGCUGCAUGCGUCAGGCUGUAUCCUAUUGUGUUAAGCGAUUCGGAAACACUCUCUAUUGGAAGCGCUCCCUGCCAGUUUCCUGAGAAUCCAUUUACACCGAGCCCCGCAGGUCUGGGUCGGGCAAGUCUGCACCUAUUUUUGUGGCAGACAGAAAAUACACCUCGUCGUUAUGGAUACGCCGGCACUACCUGCGCCAAGAGAUGCGCGUGAAAAGGAAAUUCUGGAGAGGUUGACGGCAACCCGCGAUCAACUGCUUCUGCUGAAACAGGAUCGUGCCCAUUAUAUCAGGAGCCAGGAUGUCAUGGUGUUGUAUGACCAAGUCAUCGAGAACGUCAGGCAAUUGAACGAGAUUCGACAUGGAGAACACGGAGGGGAAACACAGUUGGACAAGGUGCUUGAAAGCUGCUUCCAGCUCAUAAGCUUGUUCUUCAUGACCAUUGGUCGAACCAGUGAGGCGCCUGCAGCCUAUGCCCUCACCUCAACCAUCAGGCGCCUGCUUGAUCACCUUGCGGAAGCUGAGCUGUUCUCGGCCAAGGAUCUCGAGAGCAUGUCUGAGACAUUGCAAAAGAUCUCUGGUGUCGUCAGGAGCACAGAGUCACGCCACUCGCCCUACCUGGUCGAACUGCUUUCAAAUCGAUUGGAGCUCUGUCAGAGAAAUUUGGAAAACCUACAAAGACGGCUUGACCAUCUCGGCCCGCCUCUGCCAGCCAUUCACGAGAAGCUCAUUUCAAUAUUGCGUUCCAUGUCUUUAGCGAAUACAAGAUCCAAGUUUUCUUCUUCAGAGGUGGUAAAGCUGCAAGCAGAGCUCAAGGAAAUCGAUGCCAGACGAGUCGACGGUAAUUUUGUUGACGAGAACGGCAAUGUUGCUCGAGGCAGCGAUGCUGUUGCGACCUUACUGAAGCGUUGCCUUGAGUGGACCGAAAUUGUUCUUGAUCGAAAGGGUCGGGUCCCGGAAAGUUUCAAGAAUAUCUACGAUGUGCUGGUCAGCAUUCGGAACAAACUUGACAGCCUGUCCCUGACACAGGCUUGGUCGCUGCGCGAGACCGACUUGUAUGAUUUUCAGCGGACGCUCGACAAGAUUGACGAAAGGCGGGUCAAUGGAAAUUUUAUUGACGAGGAAGGAAGACCCGCGGAACUCUAUGUACAGAGGACUCUGCUCUACCUUAUCAGGCGGAGUUACGGUCUGAUCUACUCACUGAUGAUUCUCUCAGAGCCCGUCUCUGAGGCGCUCAUCCCGAUCUAUAACCAGCUCCAGACUCUAAAGCGUAUCCUCAUAGAAGUCAAGGAUUCUGGUGGAGUAAGCUCCGUUAGGGAACUGUAUCCCUACAGUAUGAAACUGAACAUGAUCGAUAACAUGCGGGUUGAUGGUCGUUUUAUGCAUGGAGACGACAUACCUGAAGGCCAAGGCGCCCUCAACGAACUGUUGGCGGAUUGCUACGAACUAGCAUACGAACUGAGAGUCGUCGCCGAAGCAAAAGCCGAGGAAACCCAGGCUGAGGAUGAACCGAGGCCUGAGGAUGAGCCAGGUACAAAUGGCGGCAGCACAGCAGGAUCCAGAAUUACUCGGGAUGAGGUUUUGACGUGAGCCUGGCAAUCCCCGCAUAUUGCAGGUGUUAUCUUCCUGAAGGUCUAAUCUUGUAUGAUUCUAUGGGCUUGUCUAUUCACACUGUUCAAUCCGUGCUCUCUUUUCCAUUGUCGAAAUGAAGGUCCUAUCUCGUCGCUUCCUAUUUUAUGUUUAUGAUUCUUUUUUGUACUUUUCCCUGUAAUUUUGGAAUCUACGAUGAUCAUCUACGUCGAUAUGAGUGGUGGGGCUUUUGGUAGCACGCGCCUCGUCACGGG